ACACGGAUUUAGUUUAAAACACUUUACUAACCUAUUUUUUAUUCAAAUAUUAGUGCAGUGGAGAUGUCAUUUCUAUUGGCUUUGGUAAAGCUCCCAUUUGUCUUGCUUCUAGAAAUCGUCUACUUUAUCUUUAGAUGCAGGCCCAAGAAAGAAAUAAAAAAUCAGCACAUUCUGAUCACUGGAGCUGGACAAGGGAUUGGAGCAGAGUUUGCCCGACAGUUUGCUGCUAUGGGAAACACUAUUCACUGUGUUGAUAUUGAUGAGAAAUUAGUAGAGAAUAUAGUGGAUGAUUUAAAAGGAAAUGGUCACCAAGCUUAUUCAUACACCUGCGAUCUAACCAAGCAUGAUCAGGUACAGAGGUUACAUGAUGAUAUACUAGGGGCUGGGUUUGUGAUCAAUAUUCUUGUCAACAAUGCCGGGGUUGCUUUUAUGGCAGGUAUACUGGAUAUGUCACUCACCCAAAUACAACACUCAAUGAUGGUAAACAUAGUUUCUAAUUUGUGGCUCAUCAAGCUCUUUAUGCCGAAGAUGCUUGAGCUCAAUGAGGGUCACAUCGUGAAUAUAGCCUCUGGUGCAGGAUUUUUUCCAAUGAUAAAUAAAACAGAUUACUGUUCAGCAAAGGCAGGUUCAAUUCAUGCUUUGAAUCAACUUCGAAUGGAUCACAUGAAAACAAAGUUGAAGUUUACUGCUGUCUGUCCUUUUUUUGUGAAUACCAAAAUGAUUGCCGGUCUGGAUACCUCAAUUGCUAUGUCUGCAGAGCACUUGGUAACAAAAGCAAUUCGAGGAAUCAGAGAAGACAAAGAAGUGAUUUUGGUGCCUGACACAUUAAGAGUGAUAAAGAUAAUCCAGGACUUUGCCCCUCCAUACCUCAUGAGAGCUUUAUACGCAACAAAGACAGAAAAAAGGGCAAAAUUGUCAAAAAAUAUCUAUGGACAAAGAAUGGAUGAAAAAAUCGAAUAAAACUCUAUGAGAAUUGGACUUGACAUAUUUUAUUGGUCACUGAAC